AUGAGUGAAGAUGAAGAAGAAACACAAACAUUGUUUGAAGCUGAAGUAAAAAUUGAAUAAUAAAUAAAGGAAUAAACUCCGGAUAAGGGAAAGAAAAAUAAAAGAUCUAAUGAUUAAUCACGUCUUUCAAAAUUAGAUGUAUUUUUCAUAAUAAUUUUAUUAUCAAUAAUGUUAUUCACAGGAUUUAAUUUAAUGGGGCAUUUUAAUAAUGGUAAACUUGUUUAAUAUGUGAAUUAGUUAAAAUUCUAUCAAAUUCUCUAAAUAAUGAAAUAUUAAAAGGGUUAUAAAAUGUUCAUUAAAACAAAAGCUUAACAGAAGAAUAAUAUAUUACAAAAGAUAAUGAUAGCUAAAUCUCAAAAAAAAUAAAUAUAAAAUUACCGGUUGUAAAAGAUGAAAAAGAGAUCCAAAAAAUAAUGCCUGUAUAUUCCAAUAAUAUUUAUUCUUAAAAUGAAUUAUAAAAUGGAAUAAGAAUAUUAUUUAUUAAAUCAAAUACUUAAAGGAUUGAUUUUGCAAUAACAUUAAAAAUUGGAAAGAGGAAUGAUCCAUUCGAUAAACAUGGAUUGACAGAACUUUUAUUUAGAUGUCUAUAAACAAAUUUUUAGAUUCAAAUCUAUGAUUACUACACAACAUUAACAACUGAGCUAAAUAUAUAUGAAGAAUUAAAUGAUAAAUUACAAGAAUUGUAUAACAUUUUGACAAAACCAUCAUUUGUAAAUAUAGAAAAGAAUGCUAAUGAUUUAUUUAAUGAUUUAAAACUUUAAUAGAAAUCUGGCGAUUUUAAUUAUGUAAGUGAGUUCCUGAGUUAAAAUUUUACAUUAUAAGAUUUAAAACUUUUAGAAGUAGAUUCUGAUCAACUAAUCGAAUAAUAUAAUCAAUAUAUUUCUGCUGAUACUAUUAGCUUAAUUUUUAAGAGUUAAAUUUAGUAGAAAAUGAUCUUGGAUUAAUUAUUUUAAUCAAAUCUAGUCUAAAUAAAAAAUUUAUAUAAAUUUUAAAAAGCAGACUUUGACAAUAAAUAUGACUUAGGUAAAAAUAUUCUGAAAUUCAAAAGUGAAACAUAAUAAUUGGCAAUAUUUUUUAUGAAUGAUUAAUUCAGUUUCUAAAAAUUCUUAAGUUAUUUAUUACCCAAACCAUUUUAGGAAGUAAAGAGAUAGAAUCAUUUAUUAUUUAAUUUAGAAUAAGAUUUAAAAACUGUUUUAAAUUCAACUAAUAAAUUCAUGUCAUUUUUAGAUUAUUUAAAAUAAGUAGAUGAAAUCUAACUUAAAAAUUUAUAUUCUUAUAUGUAAUCAAGAGAAAAAUUAUUAUUAAAUACCAGAUAAGAAGAGAAUCUUUUUUCAAUAGGACAAAUUCUAUUUUAAAAUCCAGAUUAUGUCUUCAAAGAAUAACAAUAUUUGCCUAUAUUUGAUAAAUAAGAAUUUGAUUAAUUUUUAUAAAAUUUGGCUAAUAAUUUUAUUGUUUUAAUAGGAAGUAAGAAUUUCUAAUAUAAUAAAACACAUGAAUCUUAAAUGGAUGAUUCAAAAUUUAUAAUGGAUGAUGUUUUAAAUAAAAUCCAUGAAGAUUUUAUAUUUGACAAAAAACCAUUAGAUCAGAUAUUAAAUAUUGAUGAUAAAUAUGAAUUUUAGUUACCUUCUAUAAGUCCAUUCUUACCUGAAAACUUAACUAAAAAAAUCUCAGUUUGUUAAGAACCUAUAAAUAAAAUAUCAGGAUAAAGAGUAUAAAAAAUAGAUGAUUUAAGAAAAACAGUACAAGUAGUAAAAUUUAAAGGGUCAAGAGAACCAUAGUUUAAAGAAGUAAAAUUUUUUUGUGAAUUUCCACUUCCAGACUUUUAAGUGGAUUGCUAAUAGAUUGAAAAAGCAGCUUAAAACUCAUCAACUCCUUUUUAGAUUACUAAGAAUGUUUGGUGGAAACCAAGUAAUUUAGGUUUUAUGGUAUUUAAAGGGUUGUUUAUUGAAUAAACUAUGCCUCCUUUUUUGACCUAAAGUAGAACUAUGCUAAAAUUGUUACAAAAUUAUUAUACAGAAUUAUCUAAAAGACUUUUAUAAGAAGAAUUUGAACUUGGAUAUGAAUUAUCCUUUAAAGAAUCGAUUAAUGGUCUCAAUAUAUAGAUGCUAGGUUAUUCAGAGAAAAUAACAGAAUUUGAGAAUAAAGUGAUUGAUUUGAUGGGUUAUCAAGAUGAGUAACUAUUUUAAUAAGUGAAAGAUUUUUAGAUAUAGGAUAUUAAGAGAUUUCAUGAGUAAAAUUUGUUUCUUUUGACAUCAAAAUUUUAUUUACCUUAUAUAAUGUUGAGACCUAUUGAUACUCAAUAAGAAAUAUUGUCUGUAUUGAACAAAAUUAACUUUAAAUAAUUUUAAGAAUUUCGAAGUUCUCUUUUACCCAAUAAAUUUGUAAUUUUAAAUAUUGGAAAUAUAUUACCUAAUUAUGAUUCAGUUAAAGGCUCUUAAAAAAUGUAUUUAACAUAAACAUUAAAUCUGAAUGGGCUAAAUUUGAAGUAUAUAGUUCAAAGAGAAUCAAAAAAUGACUUAAAUUAAUCAGUUCUAAAUUACUAUCAAACAGGAUUAACUAGUAUUGAAACAACAGCAAAAUUGUAUUUUUAUGAAGAUUUCUUAUAAUCAUAUGCUAUAAAUUAUUCUUAAAUAGGAUAAUAAAUUCAAAUAAAAAGAUAAUCACUAGGAUGUGCAGAUGGAUUAUUAAUUUAUAUGUAAGAUGUAGUACCUUAAAAGGGGUAGGAAGAAAUUGAGAAUUUUUUAGAAAAAGCAAACUCACAUUUGAGUAAAUUACAAAAUUAAAAUAUAUAAGAAUAGAAAUUACAUACAAUAAAUAAAUUAUAAAAUUAAAUAACAUUUAACACUUUAUAAGAAGAAGGUAAAUAUAUAUGGGAUAAGAUUGUUAAUAAGAAUUAUGCAUUUAGUGAGAUUUAAGAUGUAAUUAAAUAUUUAGAUGAAAUUCUUCCUAAAAAUUUGAAAGAUUGUUCAAAUUUAACUAAGUAGGGAUAAAUAAGUGUACAAGUUUAUGCAAAUGAUUAAUCGAUUGAAAAAAUGAAAGGAACCAAGAGCAUAGAGUAAUUAGUUAAUAAGAAAGUUUAUGAAUGUUUUUUUACAUUAUGA